AGGGGCCAGAACGGACAAGUGAUGUCGUCGGGAUUGUGAAGUCACUGAGCUGAACUUUGGGCUUCCUGGAGAACCUUUGGGGGCAGGAGCAGCAGCAAGAGCAAGGACCCAGGCCGAGAUGAAUAGCAGCUGCAACCUCCAACGCUUUGAGGACCGGAUCCUCUGCCCCAUCUGCCUGGAGGUGCUGUGCAACCCGGUCACCACCGCCUGCGGGCACAACUUCUGCAUGGCCUGCCUCCAGGGCUACUGGGACCACCAGGCCACCCAGGGCGAGGCCACGUGCUGCCCGCAGUGCCGCGAGCCCUUCUCCACUCGCCCCUGCCUACGCAAGAACGUCAUCCUGGGCGAGAUCGUGGCCUGCCUGACCCCGGGCCAGGCGAGCGCGGGGCACAGACAGGCCGGCCCGGGCUCGUGCAACAUCCCCUGCGACGCCUGCUCCCCGCGCAAGCUCAGGUCGGUCAAGUCCUGCCUGCGGUGCGCGGCCUCGCUGUGCGAGACCCACCUGCGCGUCCAUGACAUGGAGCGGGGCUCACGCGGGCACCGCCGGCCCCAGCCCCACUGGGACCUCCAUUCCCCAACCUGCCUCAGGCACCUGAAGCCGCAGCACUUCUACUGCCGCACGGACGGCUGCUGCCUCUGCCAGACCUGCCUGCUGGACGACCACAAGAGCCACGACACUGUCUCCCUGGAGGAGGAGCGGACGCACAAAGAGGUACAAGUGCGGAAGGCCCAGGCCAGCUUGGAGAACCAGAUGCUCAUCAUCGUAUCCGAGAGCCAGACACACCAGUCGCGGGUGGCCGUCGUCCUGAAGCUGAUUCAGGCCAUGCGGGAGGAAGUGAGCAACUGCUUUACAGAGAUCGGCGGGGAGAUGGAGCGGCUGCAAGCCAGGGUGCUGCAGUUUGUGGAGGCGGCGGCGGCCAAGGCCCUGGGUCAGCUGGGACGCUCCAUCCAGGACAGCCACCGACGCCUGGUUGAGCUGGAGAGCGACAGCCUGUGGCUGCAGACUCUGACCCACACCCCGAGUGACCAGCAGUUCCUGGAGGAGUUUGCCGAGAUGAAGCCGGUCCCGGCCUCCUCCGGCCUGCUGCUGGGUGCGGUCUGCGAGGAGUCCCACAGUUUCCCCGGGCUGGUGGAGGCGCUGGCCGGGCUACGGGCCCAGCUGGCCGCCGUCGGCCUCCGAUUCUCCAACCAGGCGCUCUUGACAGGCGUAAAGAUGAGAACCUACGAGGUGCUGCCCGCUGCCAUGGAGAGAAAAGGUCUUCUGAAGGACUACUGCAACCUGAACUUGGACCCGACGACGGCCGGCGAGGAGCUGUUCGUGUUCAGGGAGACGCACACGGUGCUGAACCUGGGCAUCCUGCUGGAGCCCAGCCCCGCGGGCGCCCGCCGAGACUUCAACCCCUGGCCCCAGGUGCUGUGCACGCCCAGCCUGGCCGACGGUCGCUACUACUGGGAGGCCGAGGUGUCCGACUCCUGGGUCUGCUUGGGCGUCACCUACGGAGGCGGGGCCCCGUCGCCCGGCCCCGCCCACUGCGCAGGCGCCAUCCAAGGCCCGGCUCCCGCCCACCGCGCAGGCGCCAGCCAGGGCCCGGCUCCCGCCCACCGCGCAGGCGCCGCCCCCGGCCCGGGCCCCGCCCCCCGCCGCAGCAUCUUCUACCUCAUCGGCCGCAACAGCGCCUCCUGGUGCCUCGAGUGGGACUCGCUGAAGUUCUCGGUGUGGCACGACAACACCCAGACGGUGCUGCAGGGCGGCUACUACCGCACCAUCGGCGUGGCCUUGGACCACGCCGCCGGCAGCCUGGCCUUCUACGGCGUGGCCGGCGGGGUCAGCCUCCUGGGCGGCGGGGUCAGCCUCAUCUACCGCUUCCUCACCACCUUCCGGGAGCCGCUCUUCCCCGCCGUCAUGGUCAGCAGCGGGGCCUCGGUCACCCUGAGACAUCACCCCGCCUAAUAAACCGAGGCCUGGUCUCGCUCCGGGGGCAACGAGGGCUGGACUCUG